AUGGCUCCAGCCCAGAGCCCCAACCCGGGCUUCACCCUGGUCCAUCAUGUCCUGCAGCGGGCAGAUGCAAUCCUCGGCCAGGACCAUAGCCUCGGCGACACCCUUCCGUACCACAGGCGCCAGAAGAUCCUCAUGACCAUCUCCAUCUCACUCGCCUCGGUCAGCGUCCUCGCCGCCUUUUCGGCCUUUUACUGGUUUGUGCGGAUGCGGCGAAGCUUCCGUCAGGACCUCAUCAUGCUUUUGAUCCAGAGCGACAUGAUGAAGGCCAUGUGGCUGGUUCUGUGCCCUCUCGUCUACUUCAGCACAAGCUCUCUCGACAACGAGUAUUACUUCUGCCAGGUCUCGGGUUUCCUGCUGACGGCGGCCAUUGAAGCUUCGGACAUCGCCGUCCUCAUGAUUGCCGUGCACCAGGCACUGUACGUCCUCAACUCGCACGAAGGCGGCCUCUAUCCAUAUCGCAAGAUCGCCUACAUCAUCUGGGCCGUCCUACCCAUCGUCAUUGCCGCCAUCGUCCCAAUCUCCGGCGGCCAGUUCACCGCUAACGGCCCCAACUGUUACUUGCCGGUGCAUCCCGAGUGGUACCGCCAGGCCUUGAGCUGGGGCCCUCGCUACUUCAUCUUCGGGCUCAUCUCCGUCAUCUACGCCUCUGUCUACCUAUAUGUCGGUCUCCGAUUCCGUCGCUUCGGCAAGGUGCAGCGCAGCACAAGCACCAUGAGCCCAAUGUUUGUCGCGCAGCCUGCCAAUUUGGCCCUACAAGUCCCGCCAACACCAUCCAUCAUGGAUCAUGGUCUGCUAGACUCCGCACGGGACAGCUUGUCCAAGAGCAUAGGAAAGAUCAUAGACGAGCGCCAGGACUCUGUCGUCUCCACGGCGAGCACGAAAUACAUGAGCGAACGACAGAAUCCGGGACGGCGGCCUACACAACCUGGGCUAGAUGCGAUUGCCUGGAAUCUGCACAGUUUCAAGCAGCACCAUGACGACUCAAGCGAGGGAGGUCAGGCGCGCACCCAACCUGUUUCUCGCCAUGGGCCUGAGGAGAUCGAACCAGCAGCUCUGCCGACCCGGCCGGCGCGCACAGCACAGAGAAGCGCGACACAAUCCCAGGCCGUUGCUCAGCACCGCGAGGCCGCCUUGGUAGCACUGACCCGAUCGGUAUCGGCCCCAGUAGACACCACCACGACACCGUCGUCUUUUCCCUGGCACAAGACGCCCACAGGCACAACACCGCUCGAUGGCGGGGUGAUUCACCUGUCUGCAGACGCGACGGAUGAGGUGAUGCGCCGGUCCCGAGAACGAACCCACCGCCAGCUGCGCCUGCUGGUCGUGUACCCGAUCAUCUACGUCAUCAGUUGGAUCGCCCCGUUCGUGUCGCACGUGGUUGGCUAUGACGACUAUGCCAGCGCGACAAGGAGCGGUCCUUUGGAGCUCCAGAUUGCCAGCAUCGCGAGUUUCUGCAUCGGCGCCGCAGUGGACUGCUGCUUCUUCAUGGGAUGGGAGAAGCCGUGGCGGGAGUUGCAGGGUGGGUUCUGGGAAGGCCUGGCGUCGCGGCUUGGUUCGGCAGGUCGCUUUUUCGCACCGUCGGAGCGCUUCCAGCCUCACGUGCAGCGGGAUGCCCGCAUGGCACACUUCAGACGGGCACAGGAAAACAUUGAUCGGGGCUUACUGGCGGCAGCCAUGUCCAAAGCGCCACCACGACGGCCACGAGAGUGGUGGGAUGACGUGGAUAUGGACAUCGACGGCGUCUCUAGAGGAGAUGGGAGGCGGCCCGUGUCGUACCACCUUGGCGGGUCAGAGUCCCGGAGGGACCUACAACAAUAA